AACAGAAUAAUACUCCAAGAUACUAGUACAUGCAUCUAAUUCCGCGUAUGAAACAGCAAACACGUAUAUUAUAUACGUAGUAUAAUACACAACAUUUGAUUCUGCUACACAUUUUUGUUACUCCUAUAAUAACAACGUAGAUAUAAUGUUAUUAUAACCACUCAAUACUUAAACAAAUACUCCGUAGUUAACAAACAAAUACUCACUAUGGAUGAUGGAAAUGGUCCGAGGGAGGCUCACUAUGACGACGAGAUGGAAUUGGCGUCGAACCGCCCGAAGAAGCGGGCGGGUCGGAAGAAGUUCAAGGAAACGAGGCACCCGGUUUACAGAGGAGUGAGGCAGAGGAAUGGAGACCGGUGGGUGUGUGAGGUCCGAUCCCCUAACAACAACUCUCGCAUAUGGCUAGGCACAUAUCCUACAGUUGAGAUGGCGGCACGUGCCCAUGACGUGGCUACAUUGGCGCUUAAAGGUAGGAAUGCAUGCCUCAACUUUGCUGACUCAGCAUGGAGGUUGAGUGUUCCUGCAUCGAUGGAUACUAGGGACAUUCAGAAGGCAGCGGCCGAGGCGGCAGAGGCAUUCCGAGGUGAUGGGUCAGAGGUGGUUGUAGGGGAGAGUAGCAACGUCGUAAACAAUAAUGAUAGUGUUGUUAUGGAAUCUGCAGGUGACAAUAAUGAGUCAAGGAAUUGAAUAUGAUAUGAUGCAUGUAUGUAGAUAAAGAGGCAGCAGUAUAUGUCUGUAUGACCUGCUAUGGUUGUAUGUUUGAAACUCGAUUGUUACUUUAAUUACUUACUUACAUGUGAGGUGUACCGCGUUGGAAUAAAAUGACAUUAAAAUAAAGGAAGUUUUGAAACCCAA